CCACUGUCAUUCACAACACUCUUUCUUUCGUUUUGACCAGUUUUGACCGUUUCGACGGUUGAUAUUUCAUUCUCUCUUUUGUACAGCCUCGUUUAACCACGUUGUGCAUCAGUGAUAAUUUUAGAAAAUCUUUAAUCAUCGGCCGAAAUCUCACAGAAGUCCAUUUAAUUAUAAUUUUGUCAGAUACUUUAAUCGCAAAGUUUUGGUUUCCUGUGGAUAUUUCGUCGCUGGUGUGCGAGAAACUUAUACGGAACGUGAAAGUGACUUUGCACCGCUGUGUACUACAUCAUUCACCGGUAUUUUCACGUGUUGCCCAACUUGUAGCUUCACUCUUGUUGGUCGAAUAACUACAUUUAACUUUAUAAUUGCGAUUUGUUGUGAUAUUGGAGACAAUUCCGACGUCCACCCGCUAGAAGUACAACAUGCCUCCACAAAAGAAACGCAAUGAGUUCGUCUUCGUUGUAGACUUGGCGUCGGACGAGACCUUCCUGCGGAACGCCCUGGACAGAGUCUUCACUUUGAAGUCCCUGGAGACCAGAGGCCCAAAAAAGGACCCUACAAAUGACCAGUUCCAAAUGGUUGCUAUGAACUAUCCGCAUCCUGACACGGAUGGUUCAAAUUACAUGGUGAUCAGUGAUUUUGUGACGCCAAUGUUCACUGAUAGGGUGUUUAAGUAUUUGAGUGAACAUCUGCUCAUCUAUAAUGAAAUGGAGCGCAAAGAUUGCGAUUGCAAUUUGGUCAGUGCCAUUAAAUAUGGAGGUGGAAUAUUUAAUGCGUUAUCCGACAACUUGCAUGUUACCACCUUUUUUCUGAUUGUCAUCAGUGACUUUCAAAAUUUUAAAAACUCUCCUUAUGAGGAGAGUGAAAUUCAGCAGUGUGUGGAUCUUUUUUGCACUCUGGACAUCAUGUUCAUUGCUGUAGUAGAUCAGGAUGUCUGCUACAAUUUCAAUGACAUGAUUGAGACAUGUCGGCAAAUGGAAAAGGUGAUGGAGACAAUUCAAAUUCCAAGGAGGAACAGUGCCAUUGAAGCUGUUUGUUCAAUUGCUCAACAAACAGAGGGGAUUCUGACCGGGGAAAAGCUUUUUUUGAACUUUGUGACCCUCUUUGCAAACCCAGCGUCUAAGCAACCUUGGAACACGUCCCUCACUCUGGGGAGCUACUCUUACUCCACUGUUACCACCAAGCUUACUGAACAGGCAAACAGUUUCUUAGGCAAAAGACCACCGAUUCGCCAAUAUGCCUAUCGCCAGCCACAGACGGCGAACAUGGCUACUACAUCUUCUGGUGCAGGGCAACAGGUCGCCGAACGGGAUGUGGCCUUGGUGAAAUUUUUCCACGGUCGUGCACUGCACAUUCCUGCAGAUGUGCGUGCGUUUCCGAAGGAUGUCCCAGCCACAUUUAAGAUUCUUGGUUUCAUUGAUGCCAGUGAAAUGUCGGAAUUGUACUACGGGGGGAACGAGUCUUUUGCGGUCAGUGCGCGUGAAGACAGCCCUCGCGCGGAGCAUUUCGUGGAAUUGGCAUUUAAAAUGAUCCGCAGAAAGAAAUACGCCAUCGUAGCAAGGGUAUAUUCUCGAGGAAAGUCGGCCAGUGCGUUUGUGCUGAUUCCCCAACCGGAAGGCUGGAUGCUGAUGACCGACCUAUGCGAUGGAGCCUUACGUGUUCUCAAUCCGACAGAGGCGGACCAUACUGACGUCGACGAAAAAUCUCUCUCUAACGGGAUGCUGGCGUUACGACAGCAUCUUAUCAAGAGCAAGGUUUUGUUCCAUCCAUGCUGUUCGUUGGGGCCUGGACAGAAUCGUGUUUGCAACAAUGUGCGCCGCCUUUGCGGAUACAAUAAAAAUUUAUUCAAGCCGGAUGAGCUGACAGUUGGACUGGGCGACAGAGACAAGGAGUUGAUCGAUAAUCUGUUUGUCUCAACAACUUCAAAGAUUGAUCAACCCGAGGAGGAGGAUGAUUGGUAGGCAGGAAAGAAUCAUGGUGUUUGGCAGUUUGCUCCGGGAACAUGGACCCGAAGUUCUGCGUAGAAGCCGGGAAAGAACGAAAUCUGCGCCCAAUAUUUGCUCGAGGAUCAUCCAAACUGGUUGUCAUUUGGAAUCUGGUAACUUUGAACUAAGGUGAAGGCACCACUGUCAUUCACAACACCAUCUUCGUCUUGACCUUUGAUACUUCUCUCUCUCUUUUUACAGCCUUAUUUAGCCACGUUGUGCAUCUGUUAUAAUUGGAGCCACGACGUGUAGCCAGCCUGCAGGGCACCUUCAUGCGCCUUCAUACUCCGACGCAGCUUGGGAUUUUACUGGUGCGUGCGGAACACGCAGGUUCUCUACGUUCCAACUAAACAACACUUCACUCGCGCAUCUAUUGCAACUUAUCAUUUGUGUAUGUACUCUUCUACCUACACUGUGUGCUCUCUUGCGCACAGCUUUCGCCUAUAUCCUGUUGUCUGAGAAACCCCUUCUAAGACGCUCCCCCUGGGUAGCAAUACCCUAGGAGCAUUUCAAUUCUGGUUCUGGGUUCACGCCCAUUGGGGCAAGCUCUCCGAGGUGUGUGUUUAGUGGGUCGGGUACGUCGCCUUCUGCGAGGCCUAAACCCCACACGCUGGUCACUCGUUCCGGCCAGCCGUCUGUUGAGCAGAUUUUUCACACCUCUAAUCAAAAAAAAAAAAAAAAAAAACCACAUCGGCCGCAAUAUCCCAGAAAUUCUCCUAAAGUUUAAUAGUAUAGCUCACGAAGUAUUGUUAUUUGGAUUGUAUGUUGACGUGACUGUCGGUAAUACAGUGUGAUCGUAUUAUAGUACACAGGGCUUGAGCUUCAUUACUGAUCGUUAGUAUUGUAUGUAUUGUUAGUAUUAUUAUAUUGUAUGUGUUUUUCGCGACUGUUAUCGUUUUAUUUUCAGUAAAUCGCAUUUAUUU